AUGGGAAAGUUUGCACUAGCCAAUGUCCUCUUGUUCCUUCUUUUGAACUUGAGCACCUUGCUCAAUGUUCUUGCUUGUCCUUAUUGCCCUUACCCCUCUCCUAAACCUCCCAAGCACCCUCCCAUAGUGAAGCCACCCGUUCACAAACCACCCAAACCCUGCCCUCCACCCCACUCAUCUCCCAAACCACCCUAUGUUCCCAAACCUCCACAUCCGAAACCACCCAAUGUUCCAAAACCCCCUCACUACCCUAAGCCACCAGUGCAUCCACACCCUCCCUAUGUCCCAAAACCUCACCCUAAACCACCAGUCCACCCACAUCCACCUUAUGUUCCACAACCGCCAGUUGUCAAACCACCCCCCUAUGUCCCAAAACCACCGGUUGUCACACCACCUUACAUCCCUAAACCACCUGUUGUCACACCACCCUACAUCCCUAAUCCACCAGUUGUCCCUGUUAUACCUCCUUAUAUCCCUAAACCACCAGUUGUCCCUGUUAUACCUCCUUAUAUCCCUAAACCACCAGUUGUACCUCCUUACAUCCCUAAACCACCUGUUGUCCCAGUUAUACCUCCUUACAUCCCUAAACCACCAGUGGUGCCAGUUACACCACCUUAUGUGCCAAAACCACCCAUUGUGUACCCUCCUGUUGUUCCUGUGCCACCAGUUGAACCGACUCCACCUACUGUGACACCACCAAGCCCUCCAAGUGAAACACCAUGUCCACCGCCACCACCACCAGUGGUGCCAUACCCUCCACCGGCACAACCAACAUGCCCCAUUGACUCUCUAAAACUGGGAGCUUGUGUGGAUGUGCUUGGUGGCCUCAUCCACAUAGGUAUUGGAAGCAGUGCUAAACAGACAUGCUGUCCAGUUCUUGCAGGGCUUGUGGACUUAGAUGCUGCAGUGUGCCUCUGCACAACAAUUAGGGCUAAGGUCCUUAACAUCAACAUCAUAAUACCCAUUGCUCUUCAGCUCCUCAUUGACUGUGGCAAGACCCCACCAGAUGGAUUCAAGUGUGCAGAUAGUUAG